CAUUCCUUCCACCACCAUCCAACCAACCAUGACCAUCGACACCCUCCGUCGAUUCUUUCUCCCUUGUUUCUUCCCUACCACCACACCCACCACCACCAUAACCAAGAAACCCCUCGCUUCCUCCAACCACCACCCCACCACAACCAAGAAACGCAUCAGCACCUCCCUCCGCCACAACACCACCACCAAUACAACCACCCAACACCACUCCCCAUCUUCCUCAUCCUCCACGUCCACCACCUCCGGCGCCACCGCGGCUCCCCCGCGCCCCUCAAAGUCGAUGGUCAUCGGAACCAUCUUCGGAAACCGCCGCGGCCAUGUGUGGUUCUGCAUCCAGCACGACCGCCUCUCCACGAAGCCAAUCCUCCUCUUGGAACUACCACUCUCCACCAACAACCUCGUCCGUGAAAUGCGUAACGGCCUCGUCCGCAUCGCACUCGAGUGUUCCCCCACGCGCUCUGACGUUUCCUCAUGCCCCCUCCGGUCCAUUCCCGUCUGGACAGCCUUCUGCAACGGCCGAAAAACCGGGUUCGCCGCACGUCGCCGGACCGGCGAACGGGUCCGGUCCAUCCUCAGGACCAUGCAGUGCGUCACCGUCGGAGCCGGAGUCAUUCCCUCCGGGUUCGGAUCCUCCGGUUCCGGUUCGGAGGAGCUCAUGUACAUGCGGGCUAACUUCGAACACGUGGUAGGCAAUGCGGACUCCGAGUCGUUUCACCUCAUUAACCCGGACGAGUGCCCCGGUCAGGAACUCAGCGUUUUCUUGCUCCGGUCUGGACUUCCGGUUCAUCGUUGA